UUUUUUCCAGAGCAAUUGAACAGAUUUGCAGGCUUUGGUAUUGGCCUUGCAAGCCUAUUUACAGAAAAUGUAUUGGCACAUCCUUGCAUUGUUCUACGUCGUCAGUGUCAGGUUAACUAUCAUGCUCGGAAUUAUCAUCUCACUCCGUUUACUAUUGUCAAUAUCAUGUACAGCAUCAAUAAGACACAGGGUCCAAGAGCUCUCUGGAAAGGAAUGGGCAGCACUUUCAUUGUUCAGGGCAUAACCCUGGGAACAGAAGGCAUCAUCAGCGAAUUUACACCUUUGCCAAGGGAGCUUUCACAUAAAUGGAACCUCAAGCAGAUAGGUGGACACCUCCUACUCAAAGGUUUAACACAUGUGAUAGCAAUGCCUUUUUAUUCUGCGAGCCUGAUUGAAACUGUGCAGAGCGAAAUAAUUCGAGAUAAUCCUGGCAUCCUGGACUGCGUGAAAGAAGGAAUCGGCAGAGUUGUAGGCAUGGGAGUACCCCAUAGCAAGCGUCUCCUUCCUCUGAUGGUCUUGACGUUUCCAACUGCUCUACAUGGAGUUCUUCACUACGUCAUCAGUUCCAUCGUCCAGAAGCUUGUUUUGUUUGUUCUGAAAAGGGAUAAUUCCCACAACCUUCCAACUGAGAGCUCCACUUCUGUGCAGAGCAUGCUGGAUGCGUAUUUUCCAGAACUUAUUGCUAGCUUUGCUGCUAGCCUUUGUGCUGAUGUCAUGCUCUACCCACUGGAGACAGUUUUACACCGCCUUCAUAUUCAAGGAACACGCACAAUAAUUGACAAUACAGACCUUGGCUAUGAAGUGCUUCCAAUCAAUACUCAGUAUGAGGGAAUGAGAGACUGCAUAAAUACUAUAAAGCGGGAGGAAGGAAUGCUAGGUUUUUAUAAAGGAUUUGGAGCUGUUGUAGUACAGUAUACCUUGCAUGUGGCAGUUUUACAGCUUACCAAAAUUAUUUACUCAACACUGCUUCAAAAUGUUUCUUAAUCUGUUCAGGUGUGGAUCUAGCGCAGUGGACAUGAUUGACUUACUAACCUUAUUGUUUAAAAUGGCUUAUAAAAUGAAGUUCGAAGAAUCUACUCUGUGGAUUCUCCUUACACUGUAAAACAACUUGUUUUAAAAAUGGGGAUAUAGAUGCCUAAGUGUAACUUAAAAAGUACUGUUUAAAUUUAAAAUUAUAGACACAAACUGAAUAUAUAGUGUGCAGUUAUACAGAAGGGAAUUGGAUUUCAAAUGUGGUUGCAGUGAAGAUUUACGUUUCCUCUUACCAGUUAACUGAUUUAAGGAAUGGAUAUGAAUUCUCAGUAUCUUCUUUAUAAACAUCAAUCUGAUAUUUAAUUUGGACUGCUAGCCAGUUCAAAGGAAUUUAUUUUCAUAAGUUGUAAGAACUUGCAAGUGUGAGACUGAUGGGUUUACUGGUCUUUUAAAAAUAUUUUCAGCUUCACUGUUAAUGGAGCUGCGAGCAAAAUAGAAACUGUAAAAGUAACUUAAGUAGACAUAAAUGUCGUAAUUUACAGGUACGUAGGAGACUUCUUACUUUGCUGCAGUGUGGCAGAAGAUGAUGAAGAAUCUUUUGCUUUGUACAAAAUAACAAAAACUUGGGUUUGAGCAAAGUUGCACAGAAUGCAGAUUUGGCUGUCUUGCAGUUUGUUUGCAAGGCUUACAGUAACUAAAAUGUGUGAAUAAAGCAAAUUAGAAAC